CCGUGCGUGUUCACGAGGUGCGGGGAGUCGCGUUCCCGCGCACAAAUACCGGCUUGAGCCGGAAAAGAGCUGCCAAAGCCGGCAGCAGACGCAGAGCGGACAAAAGAUGCUCCCGGUCCCCCCCCGCCUCAGACCGGUACCGAGCGGCUGCUGACGGACCCCCCCGGAGCCGCAGCAUCCCUCCCCCCCAACACAUUUGCCGCCGUUUCCAGGACAGGGAAAUGACGGCGAGAUAAAAGAGGAAGCCACGUUGCUGCGAGGCCGGUUGCAGCCAUGAAGGUGCUGAAGAUGAGAGGCUGCCUGGGCCCCAACGUUUACCCGGCGGUGCCCGAUGGGGGCUGGGGCUGGGUGGUGGCGGCGGCCUUUUUCCUGGUGGAGGCCAGUACCUACGGGGUCGUGAAGACGCUGGGCAUCUUCCUCCAGGACCUCAUGGAGGAGUUCGGAGAGAGCAACAGCCGUGUCUCCUGGGUCAUCUCCAUCUGUGCCUUCAUCAUGACCUUCACCGCUCCUUUGGCCACAAUGCUGAGCAACCGCUUUGGCUUCCGCCCCGUGGUCAUGAUGGGGGGCUUCCUCACCUGCUUGGGGACCAUCUCAUCCGCAUUCACCAGCUCCAUCAAGGACAUGUACAUCACCAUAGGCGUGAUCUCAGGGUUUGGGUACUGCCUCUCCUUCCUCCCCACCGUCACCAUCCUGGCGCAGUACUUCUGCAGACGCCGCUCCCUCGUCACCGCUGUGGCGUCGUCGGGAGAGUCGUUUGCCGUUUUUGCAUUCGCUCCAGUCUUCUCCAGGCUGAAGGAGGACAUAGGCUGGCGCUACUGCCUGGUCAUCAUGGGCGUCAUCCAGGCAUCCAUCAUCAGCUGCGGGCUCCUCCUUCGUCCCAUCGUCAUAGAAACCGUGAAGGAUGCAGCGUCCGAGGCAGACGCUGUCGCCCAGAGCGACUACGAGCUGGAAAACGAGCAAACGUGCACCUCUGUGGACUCCGCCCUGUCUAGGGGCUCCGAGGACUCCGGGGUCCCUUCCUCUGCCUCUGAUGAAGACUGGGGGUCGGAGGAAGCGAAAACCAAGGCCCUGAUGGCACAGCAAGAGCAGGAAAGGCCCCGUUCCCCCCCUCCAAGCCCCUCCUCAGAAAAAGAGGGGAGUUUCCUCCCAGACUCAGAGGCCGGUCCUCUAAAGCCCCGCAGCCCCAAACUCCUGGACUUCUCCGUGCUCAGAGACGGCGCCUUCAUCUGGUACUCGCUGUUCGGCCUGUUCGCCACCCUGGGCUUCUUUGCCCCCCAGCUCUACAUCACCGAGCUGAGCAAGAGCCGAGGCGUGCCUGUGACGGCGUCCUCCUGCAUGCUGUCCGUCAUGGCGGUGGCUGAGAUCGUGGGCCGCCUGUCCAUCGGGGUGGUGCUGGACAGAGCGCGCUGCAGGAAGACCCUGGUGGUCCUGGGCUGUGUGGUCCUGCUGUGCCUGGUGCUGGUGGCCUUCGCCGUGGUCUGGGAGUUCUGGGGCCUGGCGGUCUGCUGCGCCCUCUACGGCUUCUUCCUGGGCACGGUGGCCUCCACCCACAUCCCCUUGCUGGCCGAGGAGGACGUGGUGGGCAUCCAGAAGAUGCCGUCCUGCGUGGGGGUCUACGUGUUCAUCCAGAGCUUUGCUGGGCUGGCCGGCCCCCCCCUGGGAGGUGUCCUGGUGGAUGUGACCAAAAACUACGGCGCCGCUUUUUACUCCUGUGCGGCCGGCAUGGGACUCAGCGCCGUCUGCCUGGCUCUGGUGGGCGUGGCCAAGUCCAGAAUGUGCCAGAGGCGGCUCCGACGGGAGCAGAAAGAUGAAGAGCAGGAGGAGAAACUGUCUCGGUGCAGCGACGAUUCAGACUUUCUGGAGUUGGACUUUGGCCCGCGGGGUGGUCCGGCACCGGGUCUGCGAGACCCGUCUGUGAUCUGAGCCCAGAAUACCAAAACAGAAUGGCUGCUGCUCUGAAGCAAAGAGACCAAAAUCCUUUCCAGCCCUGAAGACGGCAGGUUGUGGAGGCCAGUGUCCCACCAGAAGUUUACCUCUGUGUUAGUUCAACCAUGACGGACAGCUGCCCCCCCCCCCUCCCCCAUCACAUUUUCCUCUGGUUCCUUCAAAUACCAGCAGAUUCGGUUUGUUGGCUUUGGGCUCUGCUUUCACCCGCAGUGACCCCCAGAGGACCGUCAGUCCUGCUGCAGGGGAACACGCACUGCUGCUAAACGUGCACGCUGCACCGUGCACGUGUCCUGGUGUGUAACCCUGUCAUACUGCAGCAGAUCGGCCCGCUUGGACCACCUGAUCCCACCACAGACGCCCGUCUGGCUUCAGCAUGUCGCUCCUGAGUCUUUAUGCAACAAGGUGGAAAAAGCCCCCCCCCCAUGCCGCUCCUGCAACCUCUGCAGCACAACCAGACCUGAGAUCAGUCCACAAACCGCUUUAUGGUGGAAGGCAGGCGCCUGUGUUUGGCAGCGGAGCCGCCAUCAGUGUGUGAAUGUGUGAGUGAAUGGGUCUGUGACUGUAAAGCGCUUUGUCCUUGUAGGAAGAAAGGCGCUAUACAAGUAUACGCCAUUUACCAUUUAUAUCUUGUCUCCUGAUGAUUUUUUUAAAUAGCAGGUUCUUCCAUGUCUGUUUCACUGUCAUCACUUCAUUUUGAAAUAAAUGCUUUCAAAUGUCAA